CAUUGUGGCAGCCAUUUGACAGUGAAGAGCAUUUUUCUUUUCUCCGGAAUUCCCAGAUUCCUCCUCCGAUGGCCCCUCGCUUCGAGCUCAAGCUCAAGAUCUCCUCCGCCAAAGAUCUGAAGAACGUGAACUGGCGCCACGGCUCUCUGAAGCCAUACGCCGUGGUUUGGGUGGAACCUAACGCUAAGUGCUCCACCAAAGUCGACCACGACGGCGACACCUUUCCUUCCUGGAACGAGACUCUCCACAUUCCAGUGCCCUCCUCCAUCGAUGAUUCCGCCCUCUACCUCGACAUCGUCCACGUCAAAUCCGAUGACGAAGACGACACCAAGCCUAUGGUAGGCUCCGCUCGCCUCUUCCUCCGCGACGUCGUCGAUGACGUCGGCUUCGGCGUCGAGGCCUUCCGCACUCUCGAGCUCCGCCGUCCCUCCGGGCGCCCUCAGGGCAAGGUCGAUGUCGAGGUCUCCGUGAGGGAUUUGCGUUACCGUGCGCCGGAGCCCUACUACACAGCACCUUACGGCGUGCCGCCGCCGCCGGGAACCAGAGGAGCAGGCUACGCCGAUCCACCGGCCUACGGCGCACCUCCCCCUGAUCCUUACUACUCCAAUGCCGGCCCCUACGGCCACUCCCCGUACGGGCAGCCGGCGUAUGGGUAUCAGGAACCAACUUACGGAUACGGUCAAGGGUCGUACGGGCAGACAGUGGUGGUGGAGGAGAAGAAGAAGAAGUCUGGCAUGGGGAUGGGGACGGGAUUGGCUGUGGGUGCGGUCGCCGGAGUAUUGGGCGGACUAGCAAUAGCUGAGGGCGUGGAUGCUUUGGAGGACAACAUCGCUGAAGACGUGGCAGAGAGGAUUGAAGAUGAGGAAGACGACUGAUUUUCCUUUCCCACAUCUCGAUGUUUAUGUUGAUUGUUCUGAUGCACUCGCCUUUGCAAGAUGAGCUUCUUCAAGGGUUUGUUUGCGAUUGCUUGAAAUCCUUUUACUUCUUUUUUCUUUUCCUUUAUUUUCUUCCUCCUUCACUGUGUGUUAUGGGCGAAACCUCUAUCGGAGGCUAUACGCAGACCUUCCAUUCGUCAACAUAUUCCAAAUCAAUGCAGGGUCCAUUUGAUCU